UAUGUUGUUUAUUGGAGAAGGAGGUGGGCAGCUAUGCAAGUGUGGGAAAUGAAUACAGAGGGAAGCUUGGACCCCGGAGGGAGGCAGAGAGAGGAAGGAUCCUGAGGAUAAACUGUACUGAUUAUUGUCACCGUCUUUGUGAUUGUUAAAUGUGUAUGUCGUGAAAGUGUUAUGUUAUGUCAUGUUAUGUUACGUUAUGUUAUGUCAUGUAUGAGGUUGUUAUGGAACAGAGGGUGUCUAAAGUGAUACCAAGAAGACCCCCUGGGUUGUAUUUAGGCUCACUGGAGGAAUAUUGCUGGUGAGCCGGGGGAAAUAUUGAAAAAAAAACAAAAAAACAAAAAAAAACAAAAAACCCAACCAGAACAUAAAUGAGUAAUGGGACCAGUUUUAACAAUUGAGUACCAUAAUCAUGAGACCAAGUGCUGGGUGUUUGUAGAAGUUGAAGAACUGUAUUGUUUGAUUUGUGGUUUUGAAGGCAGUAGGAGAAACUGUCUCGAUGCUGUAUGGAAGUGCAUUUGUUAAUGGUACAUGGAAAUGUAAUUGAGGGUACAAAUAGUGGAAUUGUAAAAAUUAACAAACAAACAAAUUGGCAACAAGGUUAAGGAAAACAGUGAGUUUGAGAUAUUAGAAUUGCGAAUAAAAUCUGCUUUAUCAGAGAUACCGUCCUAGAAAAUUAUUUGGGUAUUUCCUACAGGGAAAUGGCCUCUCGCGAGCGGCCCAAGCCCCGCUCCGUUUGGACGGCGGGCCUGCCAAUCUCCCGCCUCCUCCAAUCGGCUCCGUGCCCCGCCUCCCCUCCGCCCCGUGCCACUUCCUGGGAAGUUGGCGGUUGCAUUUGGGGGCCGUCGCCGUUUCCCCCGGGCCGGAUGGCGGCGGGGCCCGCGGAGCCGGGCUGCAGGCAGCGGGGAGAUCCGGGCUCCGCGGAGAUGGAGCCGCGGCCCCGGUCUCUCUUCUGCUCGUCGCAGAUGGAGGCCAGCCUGACGUGCGCCGUCUGCCUGUCCCUUUUCGAGGAGCCGGUGACGCUGCCGCUCUGCUCGCACAACUUCUGCCGGGGCUGCGUGUUAGAGUGCCUGGCCUCGGCGGAGGCCGCCCGGCUGCAGCAGCGGAGCCACGGGCAGCUCCGCGGGGCGCGGGGGGGACAGGGACAGGGAGCGGACGGCGAGGAUGCGGCGGGGGCCCGAGUGUCGUGCCCGUUGUGCAGGAAGCUCUGCCCGCUGCCCCGCGGCGGCGCGGCCGCUCUGCCCGUCAACACCACGCUGGCCGAGGUGGUCAGGCUGUACCGCUCGAACGCGGCCAGGGCCGGGGGCAGCUGUCAGAAACACCCGGGCCGGCUGCUGCAGCUGUACUGCCGGAUGUGCCGCCAGGCGGGGUGCGGGCAGUGCGUGUCUGAGGAGCACCAGGGCGUCUUCCACUCCAUCAACCUGAUCGACACCGUGUACCAGGAGGAGCAGUUGAACUUCUUCAGCAGUCUAAAAGAAAUGAGAAUCAUAAACGAGAAGCUGAUGAAUGAGAUCUCCAGUCCUGCAAAUGAUGCUGAUAUGGUGCUGAAUAACGAAGCAGAGAUCAUUGCACUGGCAUUUGGAGAAAUUUCCAAAACUCUGGAAAUGAAGAAACAGCAAUUGACAGAAGAUCUUGAAAAUCAAAGACGUAAAAAAGAGAAAGAGUUUCAGAUUUGGAAGAAAAUGAAAGAAACUCACAAGAAAACCAUUGAGAAUCUUUUGAACGACUGUGAGAAGCUAGUUCAUGAAUGUGAUCCUCAGCAAUUCCUGGAGGUGGCCUGUGGCUUGAAUACAAGAAUGAAAACUCAGCUUGACCUGAUGAAUAUAGCAUCUAGCUAUAAAAAGCCACCAGAGAGCACUCAGAAGAAAAUGGAUAUCAAACCUGUGGUUAAUGAAAUCUUGGCUUUGAAGUUAGUGCCACUUGAUGUAGACAUAAAUAAAGACCUACCUGCUGGAGGAAAUGAGAACUCAACAGAAAAUAUCAUGAAACAGUGGCAGGACCAGAAGAAUAUACCCAACUCAUUUCUUCCAGUAGCAGGACAUGAGGAAGUGCUGACAGACAGUGGUAGGAUCUGUACUCGCCUGAUGUCAAUAUCAGAAAUGCCAGUGUUUCAAAACUUGAGUCACGAGGAGCUGCGUUACAGAUACUACAUGGAACAUCAGAAUCUUAAUAAGGUCAAGAUACAAACUUUACCUGCAAGUAAAAAGUAUGAGUUUGUGGCUGCUGAGGCUUUGAAGAGUAAGUCCUCAGGAAUUCCUGUUGUAUCUUCAACUAUCAAAGCAAAUAACAUGGAUAGAAUAAAAGUGGAAACCCUGUCAAGAGAAAGUGGUAUUGAUAAGACAAGCUUUCCUGGAACUAGUAAUCAUUGCAUCCCAUCUACCAGUACUAAAUUGUCUGAAACAAAUGGUGACUUAAGCUUAGCUCAUGAGAGAAGUUCAGAGGAAGCAACCACUCCAGCCUUACCUGAAAACUCUAAAGACCAAGAAAUUAAAGAAAAUUUGCCAAUGCAGUCAUCAGCAGUUACAAUAUUCAACGAAAUGGACACAAAUUCUAGUGUUUCAUUGGGCUUAAAGCCAGCAGCAUCAGUAGCUGUUACUGUUUCAAAUUCAAAUUUAGAUUUUUCUGCUUAUGGUGCAUGUAGCAACUCAAUACGUAGAUUUAAUAAAGAUGCAGCUACAUGUUCCUUGAAAGACAGUAAAUAUUCUUUCCCUAAAUUUUAUCUAGGAAAAUGUGAUUGUGAAGAUAAAGCAGAUAGUGUGAAAGCAGACCAGUGCGAAAGCAAAUUUAGAAAAUGUAGCUCUGUAGCCAAAACCAGAGUUUCUGAUGCUUCAACCUCUUGUAAUUUAGAAUCAGCAGGAAGUCAGAAACCAGUUUAUUCUUUUUCCAGUGGCAAUUCAGAAAGAGAAUGUUUAGCAGCAUCGGAAGUCAGCGAUUCAUUUAAGACUUUGUCAUUACGUUCAUUUUUUAACCAGUCUGAGAAGAUAUCUGACCUAAAUGUACUAUCUCACAUGGGAAAAAACACAUCUCUAAAGAAAACUGUAGAUGGUACACUGAAACCAUCUGUCUCAUGGGAACAAAACUCUAAUGCCUCAAAGUCCAUCACAACUGUACCUUGUGGUACUUCAGAAACCAUCACUGCAGCUGGAGUGAAUGUUAUCUCUGAGUCCUCCCUUCUCCCCAGCAGUUGUGUAUUUUCCUUCAAAAAUAAUAACAGUUUUCAGUUACUUCCAAAUGAAAUUGCUGGUGAAGAUAUUGUCAAAAAUACCUCUGAUUCACUGACUUCCUCCUCUGUGCUUUUGUCUAGAAAUGGUACUGACAAAACCGAAAAAGAAAAAAUGAAGUCUCUUGGCAAAACACCUCUAAAUCUAGGAAAUUCUGCGUAUCCAGUGUGUGCAGAGCCUGCUUCUAGACUCAGUCAUCGAAAAUGUGAAGGCUCUUCUCUUUGUAUGAACUCAUCUAAGAACAUUGGAAGUACAGACAUACUUGCUAAUAUUAAUUAUUCUUGUACUCAGCCUUUAUGUUCAGCAGUCCUUCCUGUUAGCAAUGGGAAUGCAUCUUCCACUCAGCUUACUAUUACUUCAACAAAACAAGAAAUAAAGGUAAAACAUCAGGAAAAUAAAACUACUGCUGAAAGCAACUAUUCCUGUCCCAGGAAGGAAGAAGAAUUUGAGUCUGUGCCAUUUCAGAAUACAGCUUGUUCUGCUCCUGAAGCAUGCAGUGAUUUGCCUUCAGCAGGUUCUGUACUUGCAGUAAACGAGGCCAGAGAAAUGUCAAGUGACAGCGAUUCUGACACUGAAAAGCUAAGUCAAACAUCAGUAUCUAGUGAUACCAGCAGUGCAUCAGAAUAUUUGACUGUUACAGAAGACGAAGUGUCUGCUAGAAGAAAAUCGGAGACAUGAAGAGAGUGAAAUGGAACACAGCUACACUUAUUAUAGAAUAAAAUAAACGCUGCAUAACAUAUUAAA